AUGACCACACAGCUGCUCGCUACUGAGCUAGCGAAUCUCAUCCAGGAGAGCAAGCGGAAGCACAAUGACUUGCGACAGGCCGCUGAAAAGUCUCUGGAAGACUUGAAACUACUUGGUUCCAUUCCUGAGAAUGCCGUUUCUGAUCAAUUAUCAGCGAGGAUCAAUUUCGUCAACCCGUUCAUUAUUGCUUGCGGAACUAAAAAUGCAAAGUUUACCAGCAUUGCCAUCGUGUGCCUGCAGAGGCUUAUUGUUGCCAGUGCGCUGCCGCGAUCCAAGCUCAACCAAGUUCUCGAUGCCUUAAUGCAAGCUUCGUCCGCGGCUCUAGACGUCCAACUGAAAAUCCUGCAAGCGUUGCCGUCGCUUCUUCAAAACUACGCUGCUGAACUUCAGGGCGAACUGCUUGUGACAACGCUCAACAUUUGCUUCAUUUUGCAGAGCAGCAAAAAUGCAAUUGUCAACAACACAUCCGCGGCUACACUGCAGCAGCUUGUAGUAGCGGUCUUUGACAAGGUUGUUACAGAAGAUGAAGCUGCCUCCAAUGAGCCGUUUGUUGGCGACGCUGCUACUGCCACUGGCAAGGUCGAACUGCGUGCCGCAGCCCUCGACGCCUACAGAAUAUUCAAUGACCUCUGUCUUCUCACCGAGAACCAGAGACCAGAAUACAUGCGCUUCGCCGGUCUUCCUCAAACCUUUGGGCUGGAGCUGAUCGAAUCUGUCAUCACUAACCACGGCGUCUUAUUAGCCAAGCACCCCGAACAAGUGCAAGUACUGAGAGUGCGCGUUAUGCCUCUGCUCGUGAGCGCCCUCAAAGGGAAACCUACAUUCUCUACCUCGGUCAGACUAGUUCGCAUCUUGUACACUUUGCUACGUCGUCACAUUAGUCUUCUACCGACAGAAUGUGGCGAAGCGCUCGAUAUCCUGACUCAUUUGAUGGACCAUGAUUCGUUGCUGUGGAAGAGAGCCCUAUGUAUGGAAGUAUUCCGCGGGCUCUUUGCGGAGCACGCCCUGAUACGAGAAAUAUAUGCCCUGUACGACGCCAAGAAGGGAGAGAAGGAUGUCUUCAAGGCACUUGUUGCCAUUUUUGUCCGUCUCGGCACCGAGAAACCUGCCGUCAUAGGGCUAAGUCACCAAUCUACAAUUCCAGCAUCUGACAAUCGCGACGGCCAGGAUGCCUCUGAUCAGGCCGUUCUGGAAGCCAGUGGCGUUAGUGGCAUCAUGAGUGGCACGUCUGGCACAGAAACUUCCCAUGUUGGCAUCAGCUCUAAAUGGAGUACUAUUCGUAUUCCUUGCAUCGACCAACUGGAUAAAACCGAACCGCCUCCUAUCCCCGAAACAUACGUGUACAGCUUGAUCCUGGCGUGCAUUUCGUCCCUCUCUGAUGGUCUUGCCAAAUUCAUUCUCCCGCUUACAGUUUCCAAUGAUAACAGGAGCCGCCGCAAGGUCUCUCCACAAGAAUCAGACAGGGACUCGCCGAAGCCGCAACACCUAGAUACCGAAAGCACGACAGUUCGAACUAGGCCAGAGCGAUCGGCAUCAUUUAAGAAGAAUCCGAUCCCUGUUAAUCCACUCACGCUUGAAAGCCAUCCUUUGCACUCCGAGGUCAUGAUAUGUUCUUCUAUUGUGGAUGAAUGCUGGCCGGCCAUCCUGGCUACAUGCUCCAAUUUUCUCUAUGCUUCGCUGGAUUCAGAGUACUACCAUGGACUCGUUCGAGCCUUCCAACGCUUUGCUCAUGUCGCCGGGUUGCUUCAGCUCGCAACUCCGAGAGACGCCUUUUUGACAACGCUCGGAAAGUCAGCCGUACCGCCAUAUGUACUGACGGCUUGUCUCAACGCUGGACAAUCCCGGUCAAUUACACCUGGCACGAUCCCGGAGAGUCCCGCCUCCACCAUUUUCAGCAACGCGAGAGGUCUUCUAAGCGUCGAGUCCCUACAAAGCCCCCAAACAGCAGAGAAACAGCGUCAAGUCGGCGCAGAUGUUACCAGUGCAUCGCUAAAUACCCGGAACCUUCUCUGCCUACGUGCUCUUUUGAAUCUUGGAAUCGCACUCGGACCGACACUGGGCACGUCGUGGAGCAUCAUCCUCGAAACAUUACAACAGGCUGAUCUUGUCUUAUUCUCCACGAGCAAGGGUUCGAUGCGGUCUCCAUCCAUCAGCAGAGCUCCUGAGCAGGGAAUCGAGAAUGAACACAACUCAUUAAUGGCAAAUUUCAGCCACGAAGUGCGCUCUGUCGAAACUGCUGCAUCCAGACUGUUUGAAAGCACAAUUGACUUCCCCGACGAACAAUUUGCUCAUGUGAUCCAAUCUAUUUGCGGAUUGUUGACUGUGCAGCUUUCCACGGACAGCACACAAGCGCAACCGCAAACAAAAGCGCCACUCAAGCCUGGCCAGGGUCACCACAGGCGUGUACUCAGUUUUUCCAACCAAACAGUCACAGACACCAACCAGGAACUGUUGUUUGCUUUGGCUAAGCUUGGCGAAAUUGCAUCCAUUAACUCGGAAAGGUUGUUGACGAGUGACCCGGACAAAUCCGGUUGGAAUCUGCUUAUUGCCCAACUGAGCGCCACUCUUGACUCAACCACGAUGAGCGCAUCCGUUCGCAUAAGGGCAGCGGAAGUUCUGGCAAGAUUCAUGCUUGAAUCUGGUAGUAUAGCAGCCAACUUGCCAGAGAAGCUGCGCGGCCCCAUUCAACUCCGUCUUCUCGGGGGAUUGCGUGACUCGCUGGCAGCCCUAGGGGAAAAGAAACGUCAAGACUCUGUUGCUGGCAACGCAACGGAUCUAGAAAUCCACCGCGUUAUACUUGAAGGACUCCGCCAAAUCCUCGAGAAUCACGGUGAAAGCUUAGUGGAGGGCUGGGAUGUUGCCUUUGAAAUCAUCGGCAGCGUGUUUGUGGCCAGCGAUACAAUCCCGGAAGAUGGGAGGGACUCGAGUAAAGUAAUUGGGACUAGGUCAUCGAAGCUGGUACGCUCUGCGUUCGGUUCGCUGCAACUCAUCUGCUCCGACUUUUUGGCUUCACUUCCUAAUGGCUGUUUCUUGAACCUUGUCGAUGCAUUGUACAAUUUCAGCUCGCAAGACGAUGAUCUAAAUAUUGCCUUGACGACUGUUACCUUUUUCUGGAUAUUAUCCGACUUUUUGUCGGGUCAUUCGAAGUCGCUAGAAAUCACCGAAGAGCUGAUGAGAGAUGUUGGCUCUACAAGUCUAGCGAAGCUUGCUGCAAAUAGCGACGAUAAAAGUUCCUCUGCAGCGCUUUGGCUGCUGCUGCUACAACGUCUCACAGCCGUAAGCUCCGAUACUAGGCUUGAGCUUCGCAACAGUGCCAUACAGACCUUGCUUCGCAUUUUUGAUGCGUAUGGGGAUCACCUCACCCCAGAGGCGUGGUCCAUGUGUAUCAAGUCUGUCUUGUUCAGACUUCUGUCCUCGCUUCAAGAUGAAUUGGAAUCUGCGAGCGAGGUUGGAACUGACGGCACCCGCCAUGAAUGGCACGACACCUCAGUUGUCGUUCUUAAUGGGAUAUCUGCUCUCUUGGCCAACUACCUUGAUGUACUCACAGUGCAUCCGUCUUUCAAUGAGCUGUGGAAGGAACUCUUGAAGCAUUUCGCAAAGCUGCUCGACUUUGAAGUUCUGACCAUUAAUACUGCAACCUUCAAAGCACUAGCCCAUAUGCUAGCACAAGCGAAUGAAGAUCGGAAAGCGAAAUUCGAUGAAGCUGCGGUCGAUAUGGCCUGGGAGCUGUGGGCGCGAGGCGUACCUGCUGCUCAGAAACGCGAAGCAAAGGGGGAAGACAACCAAGGCUGUCUGCUGGCACAUGUCGGAUCUUUGACAGAGAUCUAUCAACUGAUGCAGGCGAAACUUACAGUGGAGAGAGUCGAGAGAAUUCUGACUUUACUUCAUGCAUCGGCCCAGGAGGCUUCGUUUGGUUCGUUGGCAUCGGAUCUGGAUAACCUGACGCCGCUUCAAUCUAAAAUCAUGGAGGCAGUCAAGAUGAUACGAACCGACGUGGACGGAGUUCCGGCUGCGAUGUUGUCACAUACCUCGAAACUUGCUACGCUGGCGUUCGAGCAAGACCUAAGUCAGGAGCAGAAACCUAAGCGCACCUUUGUUGCCUUGUCAAGAGCGAGCAUAUCCUUCUUGGAAUUGGUAGCAUUGAAGCAUGCAGCGGACCGGGACAUAUACAACACUGGGUCGUUUGCGACGGCCCUCGCAGCACUUUGCAAACCGAUAUCAUUGAAAUACAGCUUCCCGCUGACGACCAAAGCAGUCCAGCCGUGGAGAAUGGCGACGUUGUCUUCCCUUGCCGUGUUGGAGGCUGCUUUGCCACAAUUGAAGGAUCUAAAGGUCGCGAAAGAGACUGCACAGCAUGUCUGGUUCAAUGUUGCACGCCUUGGCGAUAGCAUCCUGAGUGCUGAUUGCGACGACGCUGUAGCCGGAACUAGUUUUGCUGCUGAUGAGGAAUUUGACAUUGAUUCUUUCAAGAGAUUACGCGAUCUUAUCAUACCGGAUCUCGGUGCAGAAGAAGUUGCCGACAAAGCCAGAAAAGCUGUUGCCUCGAGCCUCUUCAAAACAUCCAUCAUCCAUGCACCCACGGAUGCUGACUACGAAAUCAUUAACGGAGAAGGUGGGAUUGGACUUUCUGCGCUCUACGAGACACGAACGGGUCGAACCGUAUUUGUGCCCCCUACACGCCGGAGCAAAAUCGCCUAUGUUGCGUUUGAAGAGCUCUUUGCCCUGGUAACGCAAGAGGACGCCGACCAGUCCUCCAAAGCACAGCAAAAGAAAAAGGGCGAAGCAACGAAGGAUGCCCCGCCACUAUCCGCGAGAGCCCGCAUUGCCGCCUCAGUGGCGCCAUUCUUCAUUCUGCGGUGCGCUCUCACUUUGCGCGCCUACGUGGCCGACCAGCCGCUACGAGGCCAGAUGCCGCAGCCUCUGAGCCAGAGACGCGAGCUGCUGUGGACGCUGCAGAGGCUCGUCCGUCUGCAUAGCGAGUCGGCUGCCAUACCGGCCCUGACGGGGGCGCACAGUACGAAUCGAAAGCAUCUGCUGCGGCUGUACCCGCUGCUGGUCAAGGGGUUAGUCGCAGGAGGCGAUGAUAAGGUAUUGGGGUUGCUCAGGGAAGCGCUGGACGUGAUAGGUGGAGAGAUGGGCAUUGCUUAG